CUGCAAUGCUGAGGGGAAGGCGCUUUGUACAUGCCCAGAAUUGCUCUCUUCCUUAUCAUUGCUCCUCACAUUUUGUGGCUAAAAUUUAGUGGUAAAAAGCAUCAGGGGCUAAGCGCAAGCUCGAGUUAAACCAUGAUCCCAGCCCACUGUAUAUCUCUCCUUGUGCUGGUUUAAUGGAGUUGACAUGUUUCAGGAGAGUCUCAAACGUUCUGACCUUUUUUAUAGCAAAGUGCAUGAGAGAGAUGUUGUUAUAUCAAACGAAGACUAUAUCGUGGGGCAAGUGGCCAACAGCCUGUUUCAAAACAAACCCACAGUAUGUGGUACCGAUCGCCUAGUACAACUUUUCAGUACUCCUGCAGCUGAAACACAGCCAGUGUAUGUUGCUGUGCCGAGAGAAAAUAAAAAACGCAAGUAUACAGAAGAAGAAACUGCCAAAGAAGUUCAAAGCACAUGUAUUAAAAGUGAGCCUCUGGGGAAAAAGAGAGCUAAUAAAAAGACUCUCUUUCUAGCAGAAGAACGAGUGGCAAGCAGGGAGUGUGCUUUGGAACAAGCAGAUGAAGAAGAGGAGAAAAAAGAAUUUAAAAUCAAGCAAAAGUUGAGAAAUACCAAACAUCUUUCAGCUUCAGAUGAAGACGCUGGAAUAAAACACAAGAAAACAAAAGUCAACCAGGCUGAGGAAAUGCUUAAGAAUAAGAGGACACUUUUUGUAGGCAAUUUGCCUAUUGAUUGUACAGCACAGAUGCUGAAGAUGUUUUUCAAAGAAUAUGGACAAAUCGAAUCAGUUCGCUUCCGCUCUUUGAUUCCAGCAGAGGAUUCUCUAUCCAAAAAAAUGGCAGCCAUAAAGCGAAAGCUGCAUCCUAGUAUGAAGUAUCUUAACGCAUAUGUUGUUUUCAAGGAAGAAUCUGCAGCUAAUCAUGCUUUAAAAUGUAAUGGAACAGAAUUUGCCAGUGGAUUACACAUCCGAGUUGACCUUGCUUCAAAAUCCACUUCUCAUGAUAACAAAAGGUCUAUAUUUGUGGGAAAUCUCCCUUAUGAAAUUUAUGAUGAUACUGUAAGAGACCACUUCUCUGAAUGUGGAAAUGUAGUGGGUGUGCGAAUUGUGAGAGAUCGGAACACUGGCAUCGGCAAAGGGUUUGGUUAUGUUUUGUUUGAGAAUACAGAUGCUGUACACCUUGCUCUGAAGCUUAACAACUCUGAACUGAGAGGAAGAAAAUUACGAGUGCAACGCUCUGUUGAGACGGAAAAACUGCAACAGAAAAGUGUAGAUAAGAAUGUAAAGAACUCCUUUGGGCUAAAGUUCAAAAAGGGUUUUUCACUGAAAAAUGCUAAAGGAUGCUCCAGCAACUCUUUUGCUGGUGAAAAAGCAGUCCCAGUGAAAAAGAGCAAAAAAGCAAGAUCAAAAAAACACAUCAUGAAGACAAAAGUUAAAAAAUCCAAAUGAAAUUGUUACACCCUUUAUUUUUAAAUAAAAUAUGUAUUAUAUUAUAUAUGUAUUAGCUUGAAGAAGACUCCCUCAAAACAAUCACAACCCCUUCUGCUUCAGUGGGGGAAAGGAGUAUAAAACCAUUUUUCUCACCA